UUGCGAACGGUCGCGCGUCGCGUCUUUCCGUGCACCCAAAAACAUCACAGUGAGAUAAAUAUACCUAAAUAUAAAUAUUGUGUGAUACAGCUGUGUUUUUGUGUAUUUCUAUUGACGUUUAUUGGAUUUUCUUGUCGAUAAACAGUGAAAUGGUGACAGAGUGAUAGUGCAGUAAUCAAGAUGGCGGUCAACAGCCCCGGAGGUUAUCCACCCGUUUCCCCCAAACCACAUACUCCUAAAAGUCCUCGACACUUCAUAUUCCCUCAGAAAAGUCCUUCCAUCACGUCCAGCACGUCUUCAUCAGGGUACUACACCCCCCAGUCUGGCUGCAGCUAUGACAAGCAUAAUCAGCCGCCAAAGUCCCCCAUAGCCCACGGACACAGAAGCCCGAUGUCUCCAAGGCACUUCAACUUCCCCCAAAAGUCCCCAUCAGGGCGAUCCAGUCCGUGCAUCGAGCGAGCCAGCUUGCACUACUCCACAUCUCUAAAGCAUAGUCGCCGAGAGAAGUCCAGGUCGCCGAAACCGCCCCCCGUGCACAUUCACACGAACCCCGGUUAUGUGUCCCCCAACCGAACCAGGAAACUAUACGGUUCUACUUCCACAGUGAGCUCGCCGCGGCUCGUCACGUCACCGAGCAUAGUCUCCAGCCACACUGAUGAUUCUACCGACGCCAUGCCGGGGACACCGUCUGCCAUCCUCCACGAUGCAGACGAUGAGGCUACCUCGAUAUCUUCGAAGAUAUGUCGCAAGUCGACCUCGGAUUUGACGGACAUGACAGAUGAUACCCCUCAUACGCGAUCAACCAGCAUCAGUAGACCGUGUUCUCCGAUGCGCAGAGGGUCAAUGAAGGGCGGUUUGGCGUACUUGGCGAGUAGACGAGGGUCUCGUGAGUCUACCAUGUCAAACUGUGACUCUGUUGAAGACAUCGGGCCGCUAAACUUCCAGAACACGAUGAGAGGUCGUCAGCGGAGGACGUCAAACUUUUUGGAGUUGCCUGUCGUGGAGCACUCCCGUCCCCGCGUCUGCUCGCUCCCGGAGAAGCCGUACAAUCCUCGGGUGUCAGACGACCUGUACCGGCUGCGGACCUUCAGCAUCACCACCAAGGGUGGCGUGGUCAACUGCGGAGACUCCAUCUGUAACCGCAGGAGUCGGUCCAACACUUCUGUUAAUUCUACUAAUAGCAGAGCGUCUGAUCGGUCACCGUUUGAUGGCUCCUGUUGCUCAGGGUACCGGCCGGUGGACUCCGCCAGUCUCGACACGCCUGAUGAAGAUGAAAUGGAUCCUAUACCAAAGUACAGGGUGGUUUUGCUUGGUGACGCUGGCGUGGGGAAGACAGCCCUAGUGUCACAAUUUAUGACGUCAGAAUACAUGAAUACAUACGACGCAAGUUUAGAUGACGAGUUUGGUGAGAAGUCAGUGUCAGUGUUACUGGACGGCGAGGAGUCUGAAAUGAUAUUCAUAGACCAUCCCAGCACUGAGAUGUCGGUCGAGAACUGCCUCUCAACAUACGAGCCUCACGCCUGCGUGGUGGUAUAUUCCGUAGUAGCCAAGAGCUCGUUCAUCCGCUCAGCAGAACUGCUGGCUUACCUCGCCAGGGAGCAGUUCACGGUGGAGAGGACUGUGGUGCUGGUGGGGAAUAAGGCUGACCUGGCUCGAGCUAGACAGGUGUCUACUAAUGAGGGGAAAGGACUAGCCACAUCAAGAGACUGCAAGUUCAUAGAGACAUCAUCAGGGAUCCAGCACAAUGUGGAUGAGUUGCUUGUGGGCAUCCUCAAGCAGAUCAGACUGAAGGAGAGCAGAGACAAGAAACAUGCCAAAAAGGUUGGGAAGCAGGAAGCAAAGCAGCCUAAACUAGCGAGUUCCCGUACGCAUAUAUCGCUAAGCAUCGCAAGAGAGCUACUGCAGAAGAUCUGUAUUAACGACAUUUCCAAAUCAAAGUCGUGUGAGAAUUUACACGUCCUCUAAGCUUCUGGUCUCCUGGUACUUUUAAUGAUAUCUGUAGAUUUUUCUUACUGUUAAUGUAUAGGAAUUUCAUUGUUUCGUUAAUGUUUAGAUUGUUUUCUUUUAUCGGUGUUUGACUUGUUAUAAGAUUAAGACUUUUUGUCAAGUAUACGAUAAGUGCUAUUAGUAUCGACUGUCUGCUUUCUAGAUUUUUUAUAAUGCCUUUCUUAGAACUUUCUUUGACGAAAAUUGUGUAC